UAUUCUAUUGUGAGUUGUCGAACCGUAUUAGCAAGUCUACCAGGACCUAGCAUAUUGUUUGUUAUUUAUAUUUUUGUCAAGCUGUACUAUCCGCAAUUGUUAUAGUGCAGCUACAGGUAUUCGUAUGUAUGAAUUUGUGUACGUAAUUUUUUUCUCUGUCUAUUAAAUUGGUUUAUAUUUGUAUUUUAUUGCUGUAUUUGUCUCUCAACGUACAUAGGUUAGUUUAUGUCGAUCAAACCGACUUUCGACCAUAUAACUGCAAGACAGUCUUGUGGUGUGUGAAAAGGAGCAGUUAGAUGUCGGCAAUGAUGUUUUAGUGUUGGCUUGCUUUAUGCACAACUACCAAAAGACACAGAAGGGUGAUGAAAUAAAAUUGAACAAAAAUAAAUAAUAUUAAUGUAUUAUAAAAGUCGACCAAAGUAUAACAAUUAUGUGUUCGAUUGAGCGUUGUAAUAAAAUAUAAAUAUUGGCAAAAGGUAACGAUGGCGGUGUUAUAACGGAAAAUUAAGUACGGGCUCUAAAAGGCGAAAAAUACACUACGACUCGUUUCACGGGUCAGAGACUUAUGCGAGAAAAGCUCCAUCGAGCGAUCACCGUUUGAACGUUGGUAACGCGAGUUAGUGAGGCUACUUGUCGUAUCUCAACAAUGUGCUAUUAAUGUCGUUUGUAAAAGACGUGAAAAGCCAUGACAAGCUUCACCGAGGGAGGUUUAAAUAAACGUCUGAAGGAAUUGAACUCGUCCCAGCAAAGUAUUCAGACACUGUCGCUGUGGCUGAUUCACCAUCGGAAAUAUGCUCAUACGGUCGUCAGGAUCUGGGCUAGAGAAAUAUUGGCAGGUUCUGAGUCCAAGCAAUUGACAUUAAUGUAUUUAGCCAAUGAUGUUAUUCAGAAUGGUAAAAAGAAAGGUCCUGAGUAUGGUCAAGAAUUUGGCAAGGAACUCGCGAAAGCAUUUAAACAAAUAUCAUUAAAAAACUGCACCACAAAGACUAGACAGAGUUUGACACGAUUGUUGAAUAUAUGGGAAGAAAGAGGUGUUUACAGUAAAAUCCAAAUAGAUGAGUUUAAGGAAGCUUUUGGCGAAGAAACUGAAACAAAACCCACUGAAGAACCACCACCAAAAAAAGUAAAACAUUCAUAUAAUCAUAAAUCAAAAAGGACUAAAUCCCAAAAUAAUGGUAUAAAGAAAGAUAAAGAAGUUAUCGUUGAAGUAGAUGGUACAAAAGAACUACACGUUACUUUAUCUCCAAAAACUCCUGUCAACGACCCACCUGAACCAGAAGAAUUAAUUAAAGCACUAAAUGACUUAGAAAAUGCACCAUCUUGCGAUGCAGUUGUACGAGAACGAAUCUCAAAACUUCCUCCUGAAAUUGCUGAUGUCAGUUUACUUUCUCAGUUAAAAGGUAAAGAUGAGGCCGAAGAACUUCUACGUAAGGUAAAUGAUGCUGUUGCUUUGUUAACCGAUUACAAUACUAGACUGGUGUGUGAAAUGGAAGAUCGCAAGAAGGUUUCUUCUAUGUUGCACGAUUUUAUUCAAUCUCAAAGAGACCUUAUUGAUCAAGCUGAACAAAGAUUACAGGAAUAUCAAGGUAAACUACAGAAAGUGUGUCAAGUACGGCAAGAAGUUAACACACACCUACAGAACUUACCGGAUUUAGCACAAUUGCCCAGUGUAAAAGGUGGUCUAGCACCACUUCCAUCUGCUGGCGAUUUGUUUACAGUUGGUUAAUUUACUACUACCUUUUACAUUUAUAGAUUAUGUAUAACACAUACAUUAUAAUAAAACAUGUUUGAAUUUAAAAAUAUAACUUCGAAUAGUUAUCAUGUUAUAUAAGUUAAGUCUUACUACAUACAUACUAUGAUAAGUGAUUAUAAUAUUAUUUAUUUACUAAAUUACAUGAUUUUAAUAUUUUUCUUACAUAUACAUCUAUUAUAACAUCAUGUAUUUUACAAUUGUUGGUGUCUGAAAUGAGUGUAUAUUAAAAUAUUGUCACAAAAAAAAAAAAAAA